UGCGCGGCGGUGUGGAGCACGGUGAUCAUCGGCUUCAUCUGCAACCACAUGCCAGUGGAGGCCCUCAACUUGUACGCCAAAAUGAGGUCCACCCCCGACAUCCCUUCCGAUUGCUACACCUUCUCCUCCACCCUCAAGGCCUGUGCCCUAACCCACGACCUCAUGGCCGGUAAGGCCCUUCAUUCCCACUUUCUCCGCUCUCAAUCCAACUCUCGAAUCGUUUACAACUCCCUCUUGAACAUGUACUCCUCAUGCUUGCCUCCUGCCUCCACGCAAUCCCAACCGGACUACGUCCUCAAAGUGUUCGCUGUUAUGCGCAGACGAAACGUCGUCGCUUGGAACACCUUGAUUUCCUGGUUCGUCAAAACCCACAGACACCUUCAUGCCCUACGCGCCUUUCAUAACCUCAUCAAAACAUCUCAAACCCCAACUACCGUUACUUUCGUCAAUGUCUUCCCCGCAGUCCCUGACCCCAGAACCGCUCUUAUGUUUUACGGCUUGCUUCUUAAAUUUGGUGAUAACUAUGUCAAUGACGUGUUUGCUGUUAGCGCCGCCAUUGUUAUGUUUGCUGAUCUUGGUUGCUUGGAGUACGCUAGGAAGGUUUUCGACCGUUGUUCAAACAAAAACACAGAGGUUUGGAACACCAUGAUCGGUGGUUAUGUUCAAAAUAACUGUCCUGUUCAAGGGAUCCAUGUUUUCGUUCAAGCCUUGGAGUCCGAGGAGGCGGUUUGCGAUGACGUCACUUUUCUCUCGGUUAUCACUGCUGUUUCGCAGUUGCAGCAAAUAAAAUUGGCUCAGCAGUUGCAUGCAUUUGUUUUAAAAAGUUUGCCACUUUCUCCCACUAAAGUUGUCAAUGCGAUAAUCGUCAUGUACUCGAGGUGCAGUUUUGUUGAUACCUCCUUCAAGGUUUUUGAUAAGAUGUCUGAAAGGGAUGCAGUUUCGUGGAAUACUAUAAUUUCUUCCUUUGUGCAGAAUGGUUUGGAUGACGAAGCACUCAUGCUUGUCUUUGAGAUGCAGAAACAGAAGUUUAAGAUUGAUUCUGUCACUGUGACGGCACUUCUCUCUGCAGCUUCUAACCUGAGGAACUCGUACAUUGGAAGGGAAACCCAUGCAUAUCUAAUUCGCCAUGGGAUACAGUUUGAGGGUAUGGAGAGUUAUCUGAUUGAUAUGUAUGCGAAAUCCGGAUUGAUUAGGACUUCCGAGUUGUUGUUUGAGCAAAACUGCCCAAGUGAGAGAGAUCUGGCCACAUGGAAUGCUAUGAUUGCUGGUUAUACUCAGAAUGGGUUCAGUGACAAAGCCAUUCUCGUUCUUAGAGAGGCAUUAGUGCACAAGGUGAUGCCUAAUGCGGUGACCUUGGCAUCAAUUCUCCCGGCUUGUAGUUCAAUGGGAAGCACAGUCUUUGCUAGGCAACUUCAUGGAUUCUCCAUACGGCAUUUCUUGGAUGAAAAUGUUUAUGUGGGAACUGCUUUAGUGGAUACAUAUUCCAAAUCGGGUGCAAUCAGUUAUGCUGAAAAUGUUUUUAUCAGUUCUCCGGAGAAGAAUUCUGUCACAUACACCACAAUGAUAAUGAGCUAUGGGCAGCAUGGAAUGGGUAAAAGAGCUCUUACCUUGUAUGAUUCCAUGCUGAGUCGUGGCAUUAAGCCUGAUGCGGUUACUUUUGUUGCUAUCUUGUCUGCUUGCAGUUAUAGUGGUUUGGUGGAAGAAGGUCUUUGCAUAUUUGAGUCUAUGGACAAAGUUCAUAAAAUUAAGCCCUCGAUUGAACAUUAUUGUUGUGUCGCAGACAUGUUAGGGAGGGUUGGUAGGGUGGUCGAAGCCUAUGAGUUUGUUGAGAGAUUGGGUGAGGACGGCAAUGCAAUAGAAAUCUGGGGAUCUAUUCUCGGGGCCUGCAAAAAUCAUGGGUACUUUGAAAUGGGAAAAGUUAUUGCUGAAAAUUUGCUUAAUAUGGAAACAGAAAAAGGGAUUGCAGGAUAUCAUGUUUUGCUCUCAAAUAUCUAUGCGGAGGAAGGAGAGUGGGCAAAUGUUGAUAAAGUGAGAAAUCAGAUGAAGGAAAGAGGUUUGCAAAAGGAAUUGGGAUGUAGUUGGGUUGAGGUUGCUGGGUGUGCAAACUGCUUUGUAUCUAGAGAUGAGAAGCACCCUCAAAGUGGUGAGAUAUAUUAUAUCUUGGACAAAUUGACUAUGGACAUGAAGGAUGCUGGUUAUAAGCCACGCAACAAUUCAAAUUUAAAUAUGAUAUUUGAAUCUAGUGACUGAAAUGAAUAAGUUACAACAAAUUUUAUCAAAAUUUGCUGUUGGUUGCUUUUAUGGUGGGCAGUUUUCGAAAAAGGGUGUAGGUUCGUCAUUACAGCAGUCACAGGAUUUAUUAUCCCCGAUGAUAGUUUCAUCAUGGGCAGAAAGGGCGUAGGUUCAUCCCGUGUACACAUGACCAGAAAGAACUGCUAUUGGACAAUCAUUUGAAGCAGUUUUUCAUUGAUGAACAACACAAUCAAUUCAUGUACAGUGCAAUUGUGCAGUUGAAUACUAGAACAAGUUUGAUCCUAGUUCGCACACAAUGAAGCUUUUAAGUACUGUUCUUUGCAGCAGUCUUGGGGCCUGUUUGAUAAAACUAAAAGUUAACAAUGGUGAGUGAGCAUUAAGCAUUCUGUGUUCAGUUUGUGAACCUUUAAUAGAAGAUUACGCAUGAAUUCUUUGGCUCUCUGUUAUAGUUAAUUUUGAUGAAUUGGAGGCUGUAAUAAUUAAGAAACAAGAAAUGAAUGUGGUGGAUGGGUAACGACAAUGAGUGUCGAUGAUUAUGAAAUUAUGAGAAUGGGAAGAAGAUAUGUGAUGUAGGGGCAGCAAGAACAGAAUGAAGUGGUUUGGCGAUAGUGGGUGUAGAUGUUAUGCAUGAAGCAUAUGCGGCUGAUACUUUGAUUUAGUAUUUGGAGACUUGUGCGCAGGGCAAUAAGUAACCAAAUGUCAGAGACAUAUGUCUUAUGGCACUACAAUUAUCAAAUCUUGCCUGAGCAUUACUAUGUUUGAUUAAAUGGGUGGUGUCUCAGAGUCCUUAUUAUAUCUAUUUAUGCUCAUUUUUGAGAAAUGUUAUAUCCUCUUAUUGUUCCUCCUAAUACCUUGUAGAAGAAACAUUAAAUGAAAAGUAAAUGCAUAGGUCUAAACGCGCCUUUAGUGUCUUGAACACAUAAC